ACAAGACGCUGAUCUUGUGAUCAGAUCUGAUUGUUUUCUGUUUAGUCAGUUAGCUUUCUUGCUACAUUUCUUGGACUCAAACUACGCUGUCAAAAUGGCUGAAGUAGAGGAAACACUGAAGAGAAUUCAAAGUCAGAAAGGCGUACAAGGAAUCAUCAUUGUCAAUGCUGAAGGUAUCCCGAUCAAAACCACUCUGGACAACAGCAGCACAGUACAAUAUGCUGGACUCAUUCAUCAGUUAGUGAUGAAGGCACGUAGCACAGUUAGGGAUAUUGACCCUCAGAAUGAUCUCACCUUCCUCAGAAUCCGCUCCAAGAAGAAUGAGAUUAUGAUUGCUCCAGAUAAAGACUAUUUCCUCAUCGUCAUUCAGAACCCUUCAGACUAAGAAGAUCACGUGCACUAUUUGGUUGCUAUUUUUGACAUUUUUGUUUUAAUGGCCAAAUAUUUAUUGUAUUAGCGAAGUGAUAAGUUGUACUAUAAGCUCUUGGAAGCUAGAUUCAUAUAAUCCUGGUGACAGAUUGUAAUGGGUUUGUUCAUGUUUAAUAAUUAUUUCAGUUUUAUCUCACCUGUCUGAAAUGUUAUUUUUAGUCACUUAACAUCAUAGAGGAAUGUUUGACUGUCAUUUGAGUAUGUCCUUGAAGCUUUUAAAACAACACUAUAGGCCAAAAUCAACUGGGACAACUCCAUUGAGCUAGAUUUUGGUUUUAUUUUUUGUUCUAGACUAGUGAGUUAAAGAGCCUGUGAAUUCAGUCUUAAUUGUUUAAAUCUCCAAUAGUUUUUAACAGGGUGCACUGUGUAACACCAAUACUUUAAGUUAUGUUGGUACCUUGUAAGGACAAUAAAAGUAAAAGCAAAACUUUUUUUCAACUU